GUCGCAGCCCAGGGAACAAGCCCCAACCGGAUCCUGGAAAAGCAGCCUGCUCGGCGCUGUCUCUCCCCGUCGCCAAGAAGAGGCCCUUUGGCCUGAGGAAGCCCCGCCGCCAGCCCUCGGCGCACGCGCAGCCCCGGCCUCUCGGCCUCCGCGGGAGAAACAGUUGGGACCCCUGAUUUUAGCAGGAUGGCCCAAUGGAAUCAGCUGCAGCAGCUUGACACACGGUACCUGGAGCAGCUCCAUCAGCUCUACAGUGACAGCUUCCCAAUGGAACUGCGGCAGUUUCUGGCCCCAUGGAUAGAGAGUCAAGAUUGGGCAUAUGCGGCCAGCAAAGAAUCACAUGCCACUUUGGUGUUUCAUAAUCUCCUGGGUGAGAUUGACCAGCAGUAUAGCCGCUUCCUGCAAGAGUCGAAUGUUCUCUAUCAGCACAAUCUACGAAGAAUCAAGCAGUUUCUUCAGAGCAGGUAUCUUGAGAAGCCAAUGGAGAUUGCCCGGAUUGUGGCCCGGUGCCUGUGGGAAGAGUCCCGCCUUCUACAGACUGCAGCCACUGCAGCCCAGCAAGGGGGCCAGGCCAACCACCCCACAGCAGCCGUGGUGACGGAGAAGCAGCAGAUGCUAGAGCAGCAUCUUCAGGAUGUCCGGAAGAGAGUGCAGGAUCUAGAACAGAAAAUGAAAGUGGUAGAGAAUCUCCAGGAUGACUUUGAUUUCAACUAUAAAACCCUCAAGAGUCAAGGAGAUAUGCAAGACCUGAAUGGAAACAACCAGUCAGUGACCAGGCAGAAGAUGCAGCAGCUGGAACAGAUGCUCACUGCGCUGGACCAGAUGCGGAGAAGCAUCGUGAGUGAGCUGGCGGGGCUUUUGUCAGCGAUGGAGUACGUGCAGAAAACUCUCACGGACGAGGAGCUGGCUGACUGGAAGAGGCGGCAACAGAUUGCUUGCAUUGGAGGCCCGCCCAACAUCUGCCUAGACCGGCUUGAAAACUGGAUAACGUCAUUAGCAGAAUCUCAACUUCAGACCCGUCAACAAAUUAAGAAACUGGAGGAGCUGCAGCAAAAAGUUUCCUACAAAGGGGACCCCAUUGUACAGCACCGACCAAUGCUGGAGGAGAGAAUCGUGGAGCUGUUUAGAAACUUAAUGAAAAGUGCCUUUGUGGUGGAGCGGCAGCCCUGCAUGCCCAUGCAUCCUGACCGGCCACUCGUCAUCAAGACCGGUGUCCAGUUCACUACUAAAGUCAGGUUGCUGGUCAAAUUCCCUGAGUUGAAUUACCAGCUUAAAAUUAAAGUGUGCAUUGACAAAGACUCUGGGGAUGUGGCAGCUCUCAGAGGAUCCCGGAAAUUUAACAUUCUGGGCACAAACACCAAAGUGAUGAACAUGGAAGAGUCCAACAACGGGAGCCUCUCUGCAGAAUUCAAACACUUGACCCUGAGGGAGCAGAGAUGUGGAAAUGGAGGCCGAGCCAACUGUGAUGCUUCCCUGAUUGUGACUGAGGAGCUGCACCUGAUCACCUUUGAGACAGAAGUGUAUCACCAAGGCCUCAAGAUUGACCUAGAGACCCACUCCUUGCCAGUUGUGGUGAUCUCCAACAUCUGUCAGAUGCCAAAUGCCUGGGCGUCCAUCCUGUGGUACAACAUGCUGACCAACAACCCCAAGAACGUGAACUUUUUUACCAAGCCCCCAAUUGGAACGUGGGAUCAAGUGGCCGAGGUUCUGAGCUGGCAAUUCUCCUCCACCACCAAGCGAGGACUGAGCAUCGAGCAGCUGACUACACUGGCAGAGAAACUCUUGGGACCUGGUGUGAAUUAUUCAGGGUGUCAGAUCACAUGGGCUAAGUUUUGCAAAGAAAACAUGGCUGGCAAGGGCUUCUCCUUCUGGGUCUGGCUGGACAAUAUCAUUGACCUUGUGAAAAAGUAUAUCCUGGCCCUUUGGAACGAAGGGUACAUCAUGGGCUUUAUCAGUAAGGAGAGGGAGCGGGCCAUCCUGAGCACCAAGCCUCCAGGCACCUUCCUGCUAAGGUUCAGUGAAAGCAGCAAAGAAGGCGGCGUCACUUUCACUUGGGUGGAGAAGGACAUCAGUGGUAAGACCCAGAUCCAGUCGGUGGAACCAUACACCAAGCAGCAGCUGAACAACAUGUCAUUUGCCGAAAUCAUCAUGGGCUAUAAGAUCAUGGAUGCUACCAACAUCCUGGUCUCUCCGCUGGUCUAUCUCUACCCUGACAUUCCCAAGGAGGAGGCAUUCGGAAAGUAUUGUCGGCCAGAGAGCCAGGAGCAUCCCGAAGCUGACCCAGGCGCUGCCCCAUACCUGAAGACCAAGUUUAUCUGUGUGACACCAACGACCUGCAGCAAUACCAUUGACCUGCCGAUGUCCCCCCGCACUUUAGAUUCAUUGAUGCAGUUUGGAAAUAAUGGUGAAGGUGCUGAACCCUCAGCGGGAGGGCAGUUUGAGUCCCUCACCUUUGACAUGGAGUUGACCUCGGAGUGCGCUACCUCCCCCAUGUGAGGAGCUGAGAACGGAAGCUGCAGAAAGAUACGACUGAGGCGCCUACCUGCGUUCCGCCACCCCUCACACAGCCAAACCCCAGAUCAUCUGAAACUACUAACUUUGUGGUUCCAGAUUUUUUUUAAUCUCCUACUUCUGCUAUCUUUGAGCAAUCUGGGCACUUUUUAAAAUAGAGAAAUGAGUGAAUGUGGGUGAUAUGCUUUUAUCUAAAUGCAAAUAAGGAUGUGUUCUCUGAGACCCAUGAUCAGGGGAUGUGGCAGGGGGGUGGCUAGAGGGAGAAAAAGGAAAUGUCUUGUGUUGUUUUGUCCCUGCCCUCCUUUCUCAGCAGCUGCUUCUUCUUGUUGUUCUUAGACAAGUGCCUCCUGGUGCCCGCGGCAUCCUUCUGCCUGGUCCUGUAAACAAAUGCCACAGGCCACCUGUAAUUACAUACUUCUGGCAUUGCACUUUUUAACCUUGCUGACAUCCAAAUAGAAGACAGGACUAUCUAAGCCCUAGGUUUCUUUUUAAAUUAAGAAAUAAGAACAAUUAAAGGGCAAAAAACACUGUAUCUGCAUAGCCUUUCUGUAUUUAAGAAACUUCAGGCCGGGCGUGAUGGCUCACACCUGUAAUCCCAGCACUUUGGGAGGCUGAGGCGGGUGGAUCACAAAGUCAGGAGAUUGAGAGCAUCCUGACUAACACGAUGAAACCCCAUCUCUACUAAAAGUAUAAAAAAGUAGCCAGGCAUGGUGGCGUGCGCCUGUAAUCCUAGCUACUUGGGAGGCUGAGGCAGGAGAAUCGCUUGAACACGGGAGGCGGAGAUCGCAGUGAGCCGAAAUCACGCCACUUCAUUCCAGCCUGGGUGAUAGAGAGAGACUCCUUCUCAAAAAAAAGAAAAAAAAAAGAAGCUUCAGUUAACCGCCUCCUUGGUGCUUUAAGCAUUCAGCUUCCUUCAGGCUGAUAAUUUAUAUAAUCGCUGAAACAGGCUUCAGGUCAAACCCUUAAAAGACAUCUGAAGCUGCAGCCUGGCCUUUGGUGUUGAAAGCGGAAGGUUUAAGGAGGACCCAAGCAUUUUAGACUUUUUUUUAUAAAUAGACUUUUAUUUUCCCUUGUAAUGUAUUGGCCUUUAGCGGGUAAGGCAGGGCAGAGGGUGCUCACAACCUUGACUCCCUUUCUCCCUGGACCUGAUCUGCUGUUUCAGAGGCUAGGCUGUUUCUGUGGGUGCCUUAUUAGGGCUGGGAUACUUCUGAUUCUGGC